AUGUCACUGCCCGACCCGCCGCCCCCACAGAACAACCAUGAAGGCAGUUCCUCAGACCAGAAAGACCUCGAACUUACCGCCAUACGAGCCCAUUAUCUCAAGAAGUCCCUCAUCCAGCUUCAAUUCGCUCGUGAACUCGAUUUAAUCACUACCGAAGGCCCUUCAAAUGUUUCAACACUCUCGUAUCUCGGACCUCCCUUCUCCCCACCUCCAAAGGGUGCUGAGCCCCUGGACCUACCCUUUCUACGAUAUAUGUUUCGACAAUUUGUUCUCACCUUCCCCUUCAUGGCCGCAGCUCCCAAGGAUUUCUACUCCCAGAAACUACAGCCGUUUGCGGCGGCCAUGCUCUCCCGGAAUCUCUCACCGACAUCGUUAUUCGACGAAGAAGAGGCCGAGAUAGCUACGAGGAAGAAGCUGCUAGCAAAAGUGGAACGCAAUCUGUCUUUGUUCGUUGGGUCUGCCACCAAACUCGUUGAAGCGGAGGAGGUUGUGCGGCUCACUCAGGCUGAUCUCGAUCGCCUCGAAUUCCUUUCGAAACGCCGUCAAGCACGUCUAGCGAAAACGCGGGAUUUAUUUGAAGUCAACGUCGUUGGCGAAUUUAUCAUUCGCACUCGACGAUCUCGGUAUCCCGAUGUUUAUGUCUCUAGACGUUAUGGAGAUUUCAGGACUCUUGCCGCAGAGCUCAGCAAAGCUCACCCAGAAGAGGCCGUUCGCCCUCCACCUGCCAAGGAUCGAAGUUAUGUCACCGCACCAAUAAUGUCUCCCAACGGGACUCGGCCUCCAAUGAGCCCUUCGCCUCUAACGCGACAAACCACGGCGUCCACAUUCAACGACUAUGAUCUGCACGAAAGUCCUACCUUGUCCAUAGACCAAUUCCCUUCCACCGCUCCUUCACGUCUUGCACGCGAAAAGAACCGCCUUACGCUGCGCUCCUACCUUCACUCCCUUAUGUCAUCGUCCACCAUUGCCUCUUCGCCCGUCCUUCGUUCCUUUUUGUUGUCGGGGCCGAUAACACUCACCCCGGAUGAAUUGGAGGAUGCGAAACGAAGAGAAGAGGCUGACAGUGUACGCGAAGAUGGAAGGAAGCGGUUUGCGAGGGAGAUUGCCAGUCGAGUUGACGGCCUUCGCGAUGCUGUCAAGAGUGUGAAGGGUGAUCUGAUGGGUAAAGACGGGCUGACUCACGUUUUUGGGAUUAUCAAGGUUACCCCAGAUAUUCAAGGUUUGCCCGAUAACUUCAAGGCAGUUGUCGAAUGGGCACGGAUUUCAUUGGCUUCGACGGUUUUCCACAUGUUCGUGGCUUCGGAUGACGCGUCAGAAACAUUUGCUGGCAUGAAGAGACUUCAUGGCUUGAUGCCAUAUUUCAUGUUAAAAGCGGCUCUAAAGAUCACAAAUCCUGUCAGCAUGAUACGAAGUGUCCUCGAUCUUUUCCUAGCGCAGCCUUUCGGUGGCAGAAGUCUACUCCAAAGGAUGUUCACAAGUUCGUUGGCAGAGGAAGUGAAAGCAUUGGAAGAAGAGAUAGAGGCCGUCAAAGACAAGGUUGACGACCCAAUUAUGUGCGAAAAGAUCCGCCAAUUCGUUUAUGCACCACGCGAUAUACAGAAUAUGUUCAAAGCAGACGCCGCAUCCGAACAGAUGAACCUCAUUACAAUCGUCUUGAGGUCUGCAGAAGAGCCGCUGUUAUCUCGGAUUCAGAUGCAUCGACUGGCGCGGGCACAUAAAGCACAUACGAUUUAUUUGAAGCGCAAGGAAACCCUGGCGGAUUCUGACGAUGAUGAUGGACCUCAAGAUGAAGAUGCGUGGUUGCUUGAAGAUCUCAAGGUUUUGACGCACCUAUAUUCACGGCUGAAAGAUCGAGAGCAGCUCAUAGAGUUGAUAUUCGAGGGUUUCACCGCCGAUUUGUUGAAGGAUAUUAUUACCAUCUUUUAUGCUCCGCUCGCUCAGGUGUACCGAGCGGCGAGCAUAGGAGAUUCGUUGAGCGACCUCCAAACUUUUGUAAACGACCUCAUCAAAACUGUAGAGCAAGUAGAAGAACUAAGCCAAGUGGACCCUCAUGCCACUGUGCAGGCUUUCAUAGAUCUGGUUCAAAGGCACGAACAAGCCUUCUACAACUUCGUUCACAAGGUGCAUUCCAAAGGAGAAGGACUUUUCGACAGUCUCAUGCAUUGGAUCGAACUUUUUCUCACCGUGGUACGCGAGGGGGUUGGGAAUCCAGUUAGCCUCGAGUUCCUCCUACCUCACGCUGGGAAGGAACGUGACGAUAUCAUCGCGGAGGUCGACAAAGUGGCUCUUUAUCAUUACAAACUCAAGGUGCUAUACGAAGACAAACUUCGCCGGCGCUUUGGUAGAGCACAGGGAUCUAAUGGCCAGUCUGACGCUGACGCAGAGGACGAAGCAACACAGACACUAGUCAAUAGUGUUGUUGGGGAGAUAAGUUUUGGCGAGCUUGUUAGUGGGGAUGCCAUUGAUGUGGCAGCUGAAGAAACAGACGAGGAAGAUGACUCCAGUAGCGAGGAAUACACUUCCAGCGAAUACGAAACUAACGAUGACUCUGAUGGCUCUGAAAGCACCAGAGGUAGCACCAGAGCCGCGACAACGCCCACGUCUCAGGCUUCGGCCUCGUCUUCGAAACCUCAUCACGCUCAUCAUAUUUAUAAUCAUCCAUACCCUAGCCAGGUUCAUCAUGCCCUCCAUCGACACGCGACGCAUAAACCAACAAUCUCACCCAUGCGUACGCAGCCCUCGACACCAACAUCCCCUCAGGCCCCUACCCGAAAGCGUUCCCAAUCGCUCCGCAGCUCCAAAUCCAUGAACUUCUCGCUCAGCAACCUGGCCCUAUCGCGCUUUAGUCGACAGGAUUCCUCCCCUGCCCCUCCUGUUCCUCCUCUACCUUCGACGUCGAAAAGCUUGCAGGGUAAUAACUCCAAACCUUUACCUCCUAGUCCAUCGUCGACCAACCUUGAUCUUCCACCUCCACCGCCACCGAAAGGGAAAUCACCUCAGCGUCCUCCACCACUUACACCGACGCCAACGAAACCCAAACCGGCGAAAGCUCCUGCAAAGAAGAAGCCUGACCAAGCUCUGAAACCCCCGGAGCUAGUGCACAUUCCUCAAUUACUCCCAGUGUUUGUCGAGAUGAUGCGACCCUCGUUACGCACUAGAAAGCCCACCCCUGGAUAA